AUGGCGCAAAUAAAUGCUCUUAUCGGAAACUUCGGAAAGUAUCACAUAUGGCUUUGCAUUAUGAUUUUUUUAAGUAAAUUUUUUGUUGCUUUCCAUCAAAUGGCUAUAUUAUUUUUGGCUCCCCCAGUGCAAUACAUUUGUCCACACAAUGAAACAUGUUGUGACGUGCCUGUUUAUGAUAAGACCGAAUUUACCCGGACGAUUGUAACAGAAUGGAAUUUAAUAUGCCAUAAAUCGUGGCAAAAGGAUUUUACUCAAACUGUAUUUCAACUUGGAGUGCUAAUUGGGAGCCUUGUUUUUGGUCUUGCAUCGGACAGAUUCGGUAGAAGAAUAGCAUUGCUCGUUGCUAUUAUCCUUGAAAUUUUCACUGGAUUAAUAACUGCUAUUAUGCCUGAAUACUGGAGCUUCACCGUGCUGCGAAUGUUUUUGGGCACUGCUGUUGGCGGAGUGAUGGUAGUUUCAUUUGUUCUACUGAUGGAAUUCAUUGGCUGCGUACACAGAGAGACCCUAUCUAUUAUUUUUCACAUUCCAUUUAUUAUUGGACAUAUUGUAUUAGCUGUUUUUGGAUAUUAUAUAAGAGAUUAUGUACAUUUUCAAAUAAGCAUAUCUGCUGUUAGUUUAGCUCAGCUGUUUUACACAUGUGUGUUGCCUGAAUCGCCUAGAUGGCUUUUGUCAAGGAAUAAAACUUUCAAAGCCAUUAAAAUUAUGGAACACAUAGCUAAAAUAAACAAUCUUCCAAUACAUGAAAUUCGGCGAGAAAUUGAGACAUUUCAACUGGAUUCUGUAAUGAUUAGACGUCGAAAACAAACAGUUAUUGAUUUAUUACGCAAUUCUUAUUUAAGAAGAAAUUUAUUGAUCAUGUCAUUUUCGUGGUUUGUAUCAGGAUAUUGCUAUUACGGAGUCUCACAAUUUAUUAGUCGUUUGACAGGAAAUAUCUUUCUAAAUGUGGUGACAAACGGUGGCGGGUGUUUGUGUGGGUGUAUUUUAGCGAUUCCACUUAUUAAAUUCAUGGGUAGGAAGAUACUAAUUAUCAGUUUCAAUAUUGCAAGUAGUAUUUCUCUCAUAACCAUUGUCUUAAUUCCAGAAGAUAUUGGAACUUUAAUAGUUUCUUGUGUCGGUGAUUUAUUUAGUUUCAUGGCAUUCAUUGUUCUUUACUUGUAUUGUUCGGAAAUGUUUCCAACAGUUGUACGAAAUGCUGCCAUAGGUAUUUCGUCGAUGAUGGCGCGAUUUGGUUCCAUGAUAGCACCUUUUGUUGCUAACUUUCGUAUUUAUGGGAAGUGGUGUGCCCCUGUGGCAUUUGGAGUACCGCCAAUGAUCGCUGCUGUUUUGUGUAUAUUUCUGCCGGAGACAAAGGGUACUGAACUCUUAAUGUCUAUAGAAGAAAGCGGUACCAUGGAUCGUAACAAUUACACUCCUUCCCGGGGUCGGAGCACGGCUUCAGAAGAACAUAAUAAGGAAAGCAAUUUUUAA